CCUCCUUCUCCCCCCUCACAUCCUCCCAUCUCCCACUCUCCUGCGACCUUUAUUUCUCCUCUCUUACCCCUCUCCUCCUUAUUAUCAUCCCUUUGCUUUCCACACUCCUCUCUCAUGGAUCUGGACUCUGCGGAUUCCCCGUGGGGCGAUGAGCCCUCCCACUCUCCCCAAGCCGUCGGGUCAUCGAAAUCGGGCGCCGACGAUGCCACCCCCGAACAAUCGUCACAACAAGCGAACGUGCACGCCCCUCGAUCGCCGGCACGACGAGGCCCGCGAGGCACCCGCAAGAUCAGCGCACACGCGACCAAACUGGAAGCCGUCGAUGACACCGUUGAUCCCCUCGGUCCGCUAGGAGACAAAGCCAGCGAGACCAGCCCCACGGCCACGGAACAGGCUCCUACCCCGCCCCAGAAGGAGGCGUUCGCCGGGCGUAAUGUGCGCCCUACUUCGUCCACGUCUCAGGCUUCCGGAACGGCCGGCAUGGCGGACUCGGUAACCCUGGAGGAAGACGGUGGGGGGUUCCACGGCCCUCCUCCGGUGCAGGCUCCCACCGAGGGCGAACCCUCCAAGAGACAGUCGGAACCCAGUAUCAGCUUGGAGAAGGCGGCGAACCCGACCUUUGAUAUUUCCGUGGGUGAUCCACACAAGGUGGGGGAUUUGACUAGCAGUCAUAUUGUAUACCAAGUCCGGACCAAGACGACUUCGAAAGCAUACCGACAACCUGAAUUCUUCGUCAGCCGUCGGUACCGCGACUUUCUUUGGCUGUAUAACUCGAUGCAUAACAGCAACCCCGGUGUGGUUGUGCCUCCUCCGCCCGAGAAGCAGGCCGUGGGCCGCUUCGAUACCAACUUUGUCGAGUCGCGAAGAGCGGCGCUGGAGCGCAUGCUGAACAAGAUCGCGGCGCAUCCCAUCCUCCAGCAAGACGGGGACCUCAAAAUCUUCCUGGAAAGCGAGACUUUCAACCUCGAUGUCAAGAACAAGGAGAACCGAGAGCCGGACCUCGGUCAGAACAAGGGGAUGUUCAGCUCCUUUGGGAUUAAUGUCGGUGGAGGUGGUAAAUUUGUCGAGCAUGACGAUUGGUUCCAUGACCGAAAAGUCUACCUCGAUGCGCUGGAGAAUCAACUCAAAGCCUUGAUGAAAUCGAUCGACGGUGUUGUGGCGCAACGGAAGGGCCUGGCGGAAGCUGCUGGCGACUUUUCUGGCUCUCUUCAGGCCUUGGCUGCGGUCGAGUUGUCUCCGGCUCUGUCGAGUCCUCUGUAUGGUCUUUCCGACUUGCAGGUCCGCAUCAGAGAGCUGUACGAACGCCAGGCUCAGCAGGAUGUCCUGACCUUGGGUAUCACCAUUGACGAGUACCUCCGCCUGAUCGGCAGCAUCAAAACGGCUUUCUCCCAGCGACAAAAGGCAUACCACAGCUGGCACGCAGCCGAGGCGGAGAUGCAGAAACGCAAGCAUACCCAAGAUAAGCUCCUACGACAAGGAAAAACCCAGCAGGACCGCCUGCACCAGGUCAAUGCCGACGUAGCGGAUGCGGAGCGCAAGGUGCACCAGGCAAGAUUGCUGUUUGAAGACAUGGGGCGGUUGAUGCGCAACGAGCUGCAGCGGUUUGAAAAGGAAAAGGUGGAGGAUUUUAAGUCGGGUGUCGAGACAUUCCUCGAGAGUGCCGUCGAAGCUCAAAAGGAGUUGAUCGAGUUGUGGGAGACGUUCCUCUACCAGCUGGACGCAGGCGAGGACGAUGCCCCUUUUUACGCGACUUCUGGCGGAAAUGCUCCGUCUCAUGCGGGAGCAGAUGAGGGUAACGCAUCCGCUUCGGCGUCUGUGACGGAGGGAGAGGCAUGAUCGUUUUCUGUUUGAAAUCUGGCCAACUGUAUAAAAAACGGACGCGCCGAUAUCCUUUCCUACAGCGAUUCACCGGUCAAUGAAUGUAAUUGUGGCGCGCUACCUCUUCAUUGACUCCACCAUAUGACAAAGUCUGUGACUAUAUGCAACGCGAGUAGUGUUAGGCUUCCUACAAACCAGAAACCAUAACACCAUGCCGACGCAAUACCAGCAAUGCCCACUCCAAACCACCGUAGCAUAUAAGAAAGAAAAGCACAUCAU